AUGGCCGCGCCAUCCAACAGCAAACCCUCGUCGGUCUCCCAGACUCCGCCGAACAACGCAACAGCCAGGUUGGAAAAAAGCCAUCCUGGCAUUCGUCGUUCGACCCCUGAUUCGGAAGCCCUCGCGUCUUCCGAUGAUGAUGGAGAGCAUCCCUUGCCUGCACCUUCUACUAGUAUGCCUGCGCAGAAGCCCGUACGCCGGACCUCGUGGCUCAAUGAGAUCCCGGUUUCAAUAACUCGCAAGGCACCAGUGGCUGGUCCUCUAUCGACUGGAGCUUCCAAUCCAACUAGUCCUGCUACCGAACAAUCUGGAUGGCAGACCAACACAAGCCCUGGAUUGAACAGCUCUAUAACUUGGAACAAUGUCGGCAAUAGUUCAUUCCCGUGGGGUACUGGAAUCUGGAACACUGAUUCACGUAAAGAACCCCCUCCUCGGCUGUCAGAGCUUGUUCCGUCGCCCACGAUGUCCAUCCCAUCGACCGCAAGUAACUACUUGGCUGAAGAACUCCUGAGUCCCACUACUCGGACAACCUCUGGUGACUCUUCCAUCCCAUUCUCCAUCCCGCUCCACCCGACCCCGAAGACCUACCGCUCGCAGUCAUACUCUGUGGGCCAGCUGGAUCCUGAAUAUUCGGCUUUGAAUACGGGCAACAAAACCACCACUGCUUUUAGUGGUGGUCGUUCUCGGAAUGGUGCACAAUUCUCCGCUUUGCAGCAUCGCUCCUCUAGACCUAGCUUGCUUGGAGAGUUAGGCCAUGAUCCUGCUACGCUUGGUCGGGUUCGUGAAGAUGAGGACGAUGGUGUUGAAAGCCCUGGUGGAUCGGACGGCAGCUACAGCAAUAUCAAUGCUGAUCAAGCCCGCACUAUUCAGCAACUUUCCCGUGAGAACGCUCUUCUACGCCAAGCAGCCGGACAGAUCGAAUCUUCGUUCAGAGAUCGUGCCAUGUCGACUGCAUCCGCCGCUGGCGGAUUUGCGGUUGGCGGUGGACCUCGUAACUCGCACCGGAUCCAUGGCAGUGUCCCCGAAGAAGGGGACCCAGCAGUAGAGGACCUCGAUGAGGUGGGCAACAUACCUGGUUACAGCGAUCUGUAUAGCAACACCAGAAGAAGGUUUUCCGAGCAUUCUGUCAAUUUGGAGAAGCAGUUUUCCGGCUUCGCGCCUUUGGAGAACCGUAACCUGGGAAGGGCGCAUUGGCAGACUUCUCUUGGGUUUGGUAGCCUUGCAGAUAUUCCACAGAGCCGGCGUCAUUCCUUCGCCGAUAUUCCAAUGCGACACCCCUCUGUCUCUGGCGACACUCAGGUGACCAGUAGCUCCCGAGUCGGGUUGAACGAGCAGGAUGAGAAUUAUGCCAAUAUCAACCAAGUUUCGGUCUCAAAUGCACCAGGUCAAAAUCGUGAGUACCAGCGCCUUGCUAUGCUCCCUCGUCCCGAAGAGGAACAUGAAAUGGAGUCGGAGUAUUUACGAGCUCGUCGAUUUGCAGAGUCUUAUUUUGCUCGAGACCCCUCUCUUCGCAGUGCCGCCGAUGCCCAAUCCCCAAUGACGCCUCCGUUUCACCAAACUUUCAACCCGUAUGUUCGUCAUCAACCUGUCCUUCCGCAUCAGAACCAACUGCUUUACAUUGUCACGUUCAAGUGCCACCGUGCAGACGUCUUCUACAUACAAGAAGAUACCGGUCUUCAAGUAAAUCCUGGAGAUCUAGUCAUUGUUGAAGCAGACCGUGGCACCGACCUUGGAACCAUACAGCAUGCCAACAUCUCCUUACAGAAGGCGCGGGAGCUGAAACAGCAAUACGCCGAAGAACAUUACAAAUGGUUGAUGAUGUUCUCUAGGCAAGGACAAAAUGGUGCUGCAGGCGGUAGUGUCCCUGGCAGCCGGAGCGCUAUUGGCGGCAUGGGAACUCAUGGUGCACACGGUGUGCAGGAGUCUGCUGGUGAAAUCAAGCCAAAGUUGAUUAAGCGACUUGCCCAGAACCAUGAAAUAUUGACCUUGCGUGACAAGGAAGGAAAUGAAGCGAAGGCCAAGCGUGUCUGCCAGCAAAAGGUUGCAGAACAUCGCCUCAAUAUGGAGAUUCUUGACGCGGAGUUCCAGAUGGACUGGAAGAAACUCACUUUCUAUUACUUUGCUGACUCCUAUAUUAACUUUAAUUCCCUCGUUACCGACCUUUUCAAGAUUUACAAAACUAGAAUUUGGAUGUCCGCCAUCAACCCGGCGUCAUUUGUCACACCUCCGAGUGCUGGCCUUCACACCCCAAACCCUCUUGGAUAUGGCCAAGAUUCUCCAGGAGACCGUUCCCACCAACGCGACGGCAGAGGAUUCGGUCACUCUCGUGACGCUCUUGACGCUGGACGUGAUGGUGUUGGCCUUUUGCGCAGUGGAUACGGUGACACCUACCAACAGUUUGUUCACAACCCUCGUCAACCCGAGGCUGGCGUUGGCGGACUUGCCUCAGCCGACCCUUUCACUUCCUACCAACCGGGUGGGUAUGGCUCCCUGGAGUACGCCGACUAUACAGCUACUUCAGGAGGAAACACUGGACCGUCUCGUAUGCAACCCGCGCCUGGUGAAUGGAUGAACCGUUUUCAAGGCCUGUCGCUCAACUCUUGA